AUGAGAAUCGAGACAUCGGAAAGUCAGACUGCUUCAUCAGCAUCAACAUCCGCUACUGCAUCUGACGAUCUCUCCAAGGCCAAAGAUAUCAUUGCGCCAACAGAUACAUUAGCAGAAGAAGAGAAAGACAACUUCAAAUCCAAAUCUUCAAUCUACUCACCAGCAAAUCUACUCUCCACUCUCCUCUCCCCAUUUUCUUUCUUGGGCACGUCUCCAGAGCCAAAUGCCACAAUCUCCUCAAGCCACGAGACAGAAAAAGGGAAAGAGACAACCAAAAGUCCAACUAAAAUAUCAAUCGAAACUCCAGCCUCAUCAGACUCAGACUCGACCACACAAUCAACCCCAGAGCCAUAUUACACCGCUGAAGAGACACCCCUCUACAAAAUGCUCUACAAGACCCGUCUUACAAAAACCCGCACCAAACAACUCCUCCGCGCAGGAGAGCGAGCAUACAAUGACCCACCACCUCCACCAGGACUGGGCGAUUGUUGUGGGAGUUCAUGUGAUCCUUGCGUAAGAGAUUUAUGGAAGCAAGAGAUUGGAAUUUGGAGGGAAAGAUGGGGGGAUUGGGGAAUUGAAGACGGGACAGGGGCGAAAGACGAAAAGAGUGAGAAGAAAGAAGAGAAAUUGGCGAAGAGGAAAGAGUUGGAAUGGUGA